AAUGAACAAGAAUCUAUCUGGACUAAAACGCAAUGUCUGGGGUGAGAGAAACCGGACCACUCCUGGAUCACAGCGCCCUGCUGCACACCCAGCGGAUACACCAUCUUGGGAGAGGGAGUCAGCCCUGGCUGAAGGAGUAGACUCACAGUCACUGCAACCUCCCUGCCUGGCAUGGCAUUGUCAUAGGAAUCUUGGUUCGAGAAUACAGCCAGCUCUCAAAUCUAGAGAAAUUUUACUUUGCUUUUCCUGGAGAAAUUCUAAUGAGGAUGCUGAAACUCAUCAUUUUGCCAUUAAUUAUAUCCAGCAUGAUAACAGGUGUUGCCGCCCUGGAUUCCAGUGUAUCUGGAAAAAUUGGUCUGCGGGCUGUAGUGUAUUAUUUCUGUACCACCGUCAUUGCUGUUAUUCUAGGUAUUGUGCUGGUGGUGACCAUCAAACCCGGUGUCACCCAGAAGGUAUCUGAAAUCGACAGGACGGGUAGCACCCCUGAAGUCAGCACAGUGGAUGCCAUGUUAGACUUGAUCAGGAAUAUGUUCCCUGAGAACCUUGUCCAAGCCUGUUUUCAGCAGUAUAAAACCAAGCGUGAAGAAAUACAGUCUCCCGGUGAUUCCCCAAGGAAUACAACAGAGGAGCCUGUCACCCACAUCACAACAGUUUCGGAGAACAAAAUGAAGGAAUACAAAAUUGUAGGCAAUUAUGCAGAUGGCAUAAAUGUCCUGGGUUUGAUUAUCUUUUGCCUCGUAUUUGGACUUGUCAUUGGAAAAAUGGGAGAAAAGGGACAGAUUUUGGUGGAUUUCUUCAAUGCUUUGAGUGAUGCAACCAUGAAAAUCGUUCAGAUCAUUAUGUGCUAUAUGCCACUUGGUAUUUUGUUCCUGAUUGCUGGGAAAAUCAUAGAAGUCGAAGACUGGGAAAUAUUCCGCAAGCUGGGUCUUUACAUGGCCACCGUCCUGAGUGGGCUUGCAAUCCACUCCAUUGUAAUUCUCCCACUGAUCUAUUUCAUAGUUGUACGGAAGAACCCUUUCCAAUUUGCCAUGGGCAUGGCCCAGGCUCUGCUCACAGCUCUCAUGAUCUCUUCCAGUUCAGCAACCCUACCUGUCACCUUCCGCUGUGCAGAAGAAAAGAAUCAGGUGGACAAGAGGAUCACUAGAUUCGUGUUGCCCGUUGGUGCCACAAUCAACAUGGAUGGUACUGCACUCUAUGAAGCAGUGGCAGCUGUGUUUAUUGCACAGUUGAAUGACUUGGACCUGAGCGUUGGGCAGAUCAUCACUAUCAGCAUCACAGCCACAGCUGCCAGCAUUGGAGCGGCUGGAGUGCCCCAGGCUGGCCUGGUGACCAUGGUGAUUGUGCUGAGUGCUGUGGGCCUGCCUGCUGAGGAUGUCACCCUGAUCAUCGCUGUUGACUGGCUCCUGGACCGGUUCAGGACCAUGGUCAACGUCCUUGGCGAUGCUUUUGGGACUGGCAUCGUGGAAAAGCUGUCUAAGAAGGAGCUAGAGCAGAUGGACGUUUCAUCUGAAGUUAACAUUGUGAAUCCUUUUGCCUUGGAAUCUACAGUACUUGAUAAUGAAGACUCAGACACCAAGAAGUCCUAUGUCAAUGGAGGCUUUGCAGUAGACAAGUCUGACACCAUCUCAUUCACCCAGACCUCGCAGUUCUAGAGCCCUGACUUCAGAUGACUGGAGUGACAGAGGACAAUCUCUUAAUGAAUCCAAACACUUAGAAGAAAAACAAAAUAAUAAUCAGCUGUACAUUUAGUUUGAUAUACAGAACUCUAGAUUAUUUUCUAUAUAUUUGGUUUGAUAAGCCUUUGCUGUCUAAAUUUUAGGAUUGGGAUGGGGUAAAAAGAAAAAAAUCUCAAAAAGAAGUUGUAUCUUCUGGCUUUUAAAAAUUCUUUCAAAAGCUUGGAAGUGCAUAAAAUGUUGGAAGUAGGUAAUAGUGGAGGGUAAAUUGUUUUCUCUAUUGUAGACCAGUAUCUUGGAUUUUAAAAAAGAAAUUCUCUCAUUGGCUACAAAUUUUUACUCAGGCUUUUAUCGGUGUGGCUUUCCUUUGACCUCUCACUUUAUAGAUUAUAAUGCAUCUAAACAACCCCAUCUAGUUAAUGUGCCAAAUUGUCCAUUUUGAACUCAUCUCCAGCCGAUUUAAAAAAAAAGUGCUAAAAAAAAAAAAC